AAUAAUUAAUGUGUCAUGUGGCAGGCUUUCUCUCCGAUAUCCCAGUGUGCUGAAGAGGUGAUCCGGGAAAACGGAUUGGUUGACCGGAUCAGAGUGAUCCACAAGCGAUCCACGGAGAUGACAGCAGGAGAUGGGGGAGAUAUUCCCCACAGGAGCGAAAACAUUCUCGUCACUGAAGUCUUCGACACAGAACUUAUUGGAGAGGGUGCGAUUGCUACAUUCAACCAUGCCCAUAAACAUCUGCUGGAGAAAGACUGUCUGGUGGUGCCGACCUCAGGUACAGUGUAUGCACAAGUUGUGGAGAGUGCUGUGAUGCAGAGGGUGGAACCGUUUAGAUCCUUGGGGUGCCUUAAAGCUGUGUGGCGCAGUAGCCAUGUGUCCUGGCGCAGCUGCUGUUCACGACUUGCAGCUCAGCCAAUUUUGACUUCUCCGGUCGAUCCUCUAUUCCCGAAGAUGACUCCUCGACGAUCACAUUUCACAGCCGUUGCUUCUGGAUCUGCUGAGGUUGUCUUCAUGUGGUGGUCUCUGGACAUGGAUCCCCAGGGGUCAGUUGUCCUCAGUUGUGCUCCCUGGUGGGCCCACCCAGCUCACCCCCCUGGGCCUGACUCCAUACCCUGGCGGGAUCACUGGAUGCAAGCUGCCUACUACCUGCCGCCCCUCUCCGUGAGACAGGGACAACAACUGUCGCUCAUUUCUAGCCAUGAUGAAUUUUCUCUUUGGUUUAAUCUGACAUCGACUUCAGACAGUACUAAGAGUAAUGGCACUCUAGGAGCUAAACAAAUUUACCAUGUGGAGGAAAAUGCAUUGUCUCGUGAGGUCAUCGAGGGACUUGUUAAGGAUAAUAAGCUCAAGUCAAAAGUGACGAUACUUAAUUCUACAAAACUGGAUGAUAAGAUAAGAAGCUCCGUGAACCUUGUGGUUGGUGAGCCAUAUUUCCUAAAUCUGUAUCCGUGGGGAUGUGUUGCGAUGGUGGUUCUUGCGGCAAACAAUGUCCCCACUGCCUCCUGUGUGCCCGUGGCUGCGACUCUCCACUGUUUACCGAUGCAGUUUGAUCAUCUACACAAGAUAAGGGCACCACUGGGCACAAUUAGUGGUUUCAAGAUGAGUGCCUUUGACAAAACUAAUCCAGAUCUGCAAUCUGAUUUCUUCUUGAGCCACUCUGGGAGUUACCCUGGAGUCUGUCUGUCUGCCAGUCAUCAGCUGAUAAGCUUUGACCUCACUACUGUCGUUCCUCAGUCUGAAGUGGAGGUUCGGGGUACCAUCACCACCACAGUUUCAGGAACCUGUCAUGGAGUUGCCCUCUGGUUGGAUGUUCAUCUUGAUUCUCAUACAGUAGUCUCCACAGGACCUCAGUCAUCCCCCCAACCUGGUCAGAGAGUUUCCUGGGACCCUUACUGCCGCCAAGGAGUGUACUUCUUCCUCCCACAGGUACCUGUCACUUCCCAGAGCCACUUAGACUACAAAGCGGUCUUCAGUCCCACUACAGGCGAGAUCACUUUUAACUUUGCUAUUCAGAAAUAGCAUCCACAUUAUCCUUUUUGGAAAUCCUGUUAUCCUACUGGCAGUUCUUGAUUAUAACCAAGAACAUGUUUUCAAGGCUACUGAGAAAACUUUUAAUAUAAAAAUUUGAACUGUGAGUACAAUUUACAUAAAAACAUUUAGGUGCAUCUGUCUAUCAUCAACUCCUGAAGAACGAGGGUGCUCUCUAAGAAAAUAUUUUCUCAUUGAAAAUUAAUUGUGAUUCAUAAGUGGAAAGGAUAAAAAAUAACAAGUUGUUAUAACAUAAACCAAAGGCCCUUUCCUUAUCUGUGUUCUAUAUCUGAGAUAAAACAAUUCAUAACACCUUUUUAAAAGAUCUGAAGAAGAAGUGUUACUGAUUUUUUGUUUCACUGAACAAUGGCAAAUG